AUGACAAAGGAAACAUGCGUUGGUGGACUAUGCCCUGUUACUGGUUACGCCUGUUAUACUCCACUAGAUACAUGUUUUCAGAUAACCGGAACCUGUACAACAACGUGCACAGAUCCAGCGGACGUUUGCUUCAACGGUAACUGUCUCCGGAACGUUCCCACUUCAGCCACGACUACAAGUAGUACAGUAACAACAACAUCAACACCACCAAUAGUUACCACUACUGCAACUGCUACUUGCGUCGAUAAAACAAAGGCUGAUGGUACCAGUGACUGUCCAUUAUUAACGUCGCUUUGCAAUCAUUCCGUCUAUAAUGCGCUGAUGAGAGAUCAGUGUCCCAGAUCAUGCGGAUUUUGUUGA